AUGUCGCCCAACGACAGUAUCAAAAUAAGACGUCAGCUGGGCUUCUAUAAGAAGCAAAUUCAACGGCUAUGCUCGACCGCGACGCUCACUGCAAAAGAAUAUGACGUCAACGCAAGGCAGCCCAAUUUCGAGAGCCUCGAUGACGAUGAAAUCGAAGCAUUCCGACUCGAAGUCACUACAGUGCGCCACAACUUACUCAAAGCUUAUUCGCAAAUAACGAAACUCCAUGAUGAAUGGGUUCUCCUUCAAGAAACCGAUCCUGCUGAAGUUCAACAAUUCAACAACUACAUCUCCAAAUAUGGUGAUUAUCGAAACACAAUUACCGAAGCGGUCGCCAAACUAGAAGAAAUGGAUCUACUCCUAAGCGCGACUGAUAAAGAAUGCCAUCGCCGGCAUUUGAGUAUUUCCUCGGCAUCUUCAGCAGUAACCAUACCAGAUGAAAAUGGUCAACGUCAUCAAGCAACAGCCGCAAUCGCCCCAACGGCAGCACAGGCAUCAUCAUCACAACUACAAGGUCCUAGCAAUUCGCUCCUCAACUUUGUCGACGCCUCUAUACUGACAAAACUGGAACUGCCAACCUUCGAUGGUAAUCUUCUCGAGUAUCCCGAGUUUGCAUCACGAUUCGCUACCCUCGUCGGCAACAAAACACAAUUGGACAACACUACGAAACUGUCAUUGCUCAAAUCGUGCUUACGAGGACGUGCACUGCAGUCAAUCCAGGGAUUGUCAAUGACACCAGAAAACUUUGCAGUCGCCAUGGACAUUUUACGGACCCACUACGACGACAAGGUUACCAUGAGGCAUAUUCUCUACACUAAACUUGCACAACUUCCCGACUGUGAUCCGGAAGGACGAAAUUUACAAACACUCUACAAUCGCAUGUUUGCUCUCGUUCGACAAUUCGCUAAUAGCAACGACGAUUCGAGUGAAGAGGCGCUAGGAGCAAUAUUGCUCAACAAACUACCUGCACGAGUGAAAAGCAGAAUUUAUGACAUGACGACACACUCCCAUAAUCUCUCACCAAGUGAACUUCUACGCCUACUCACGGAUAUUGUUCGCAAGGAGUCAGUUCUCUUCGAAAUGGAUUAUCAUUCCAAGUCAAACCAGACACCACAUAGCCAGCAUCACGGCUUCCAUGUCAUCGCGAAUCCGAAAAAUCAACGGCAACUACAAGCAGUCCGUUCCAGACAGAAACUGAAGCUAUGUCCGUACUGCAGCCGCAAUCACCUACCAAUUUUCUGUGACUCCUUUGUGACACCUCAACUCCGAAGUCGCCGAGCAAAAGAACUACGUAUGUGCUUGAACUGCUUAUCAAAUCAACACUUGAUCAAGGAUUGCCGUUCCAAGCGCACCUGCAAGUUUUGCAAUAAACGUCAUCAUACAUCCCUCUGCUUUUCACAAUCCCGCUCGCCACAGCAGAACAAAUCUGCAGGAGAAAGAUAUGCAGCAACUCGCACUUCUCAUCCGCGACGGGUCCAGUCAUUUCAACAAGCAGCCAACGUUGCCGAAACAAUUUCUGAGGUAACAAUCAAUCCAUCCGCUUCUGUCUCUACAAAUGCUGAUGUCGCAAUCACUGCGUGUACGUCUAUCGCUCCAACAAAACCAAAAUCUCCUACGCCCACUUCUCUUAUGUGCACUCCGGUACGCCUUUUCAAUCCUUCCAGUCCCUCCUUGGAAGUCACAGUAGCCGCAUUUUUGGACUCCGGUUCAAGCCAGUCAUAUAUCACAGAAGAGCUAGCCGAACUUCUUCAUCUUCCUCCCUUAUCAACGGAAGACAUUUCGAUAUCGACUUUCGGCACUAUCACUCCUUUACAAAUGAAAUCAAGCAAUCACGUUAUUGGAGAAAGAUAUGCAGCAACUCGCACUUCUCAUCCGCGACGGGUCCAGUCAUUUCAACAAGCAGCCAACGUUGCCGAAACAAUUUCUGAGGUAACAAUCAAUCCAUCCGCUUCUGUCUCUACAAAUGCUGAUGUCGCAAUCACUGCGUGUACGUCUAUCGCUCCAACAAAACCAAAAUCUCCUACGCCCACUUCUCUUAUGUGCACUCCGGUACGCCUUUUCAAUCCUUCCAGUCCCUCCUUGGAAGUCACAGUAGCCGCAUUUUUGGACUCCGGUUCAAGCCAGUCAUAUAUCACAGAAGAGCUAGCCGAACUUCUUCAUCUUCCUCCCUUAUCAACGGAAGACAUUUCGAUAUCGACUUUCGGCACUAUCACUCCUUUACAAAUGAAAUCAAGCAAUCACGUCAUUGGUAUUCUCAUGAAAAAUGGAGAAAAACACUUGAACGUGAAAUCAGUGCCAACUCUCACAGGCCAUUUGAGACAUAUCCAUCACGUCGAAAACACCAAGAAUGGUGAAGCAGUCACUUCAACAUGCAAACCGUCCAUCCUCAUCGGCAAUGACUACUUCUGGGACAUGGUGCUUUCAGAUAAGUUCUAUUAUGAAAUCCUUCCCAAUGGAUAUCGCUUACUACAUACGAAUCUUGGCAAAAUUUUUGUUGGAAAAGGCAUUCAAUUAAGAAACAUUGCCUCAUAUUCUUCAUUACUCAACGACGACAUUGCCAAUCCAGCCUACCAUGAUGAAUUAUCUCGCCUCGUAACCAACUUCUGGGAACUAGAAGCUGUCGGCAUAUUGGACAAUCCUGCUCAAAAAGAUGACGAAACAUGUCUACAAUUCUUCAACAAUACCAUUACGUACGACAACAAGGACAAGCGGUAUGUUGUUAAGUUACCAUUCAAAACGGAUCCAAGACAACUUCCUGACAACUUCGCGUUGGCCUUCUCAAGAUUCUCUAGCCUGGUGAACUCGCUGAAGAAUAAGCCAUCCUACAUGAAAAAAUAUGACGACAUAAUAAAGGAUCAACUACAGAAGAAAAUCAUUGAGGAAGUGCCGCCGUCGGAAAUUUCAAAAUCAUCACACUAUCUUUCCCACCACGGAGUAAUAACUACCGAAAACGACGACAUCAAAAUAAGAUGCGUCUUUGACGGUUCUGCUAAAACAAAAGGACACCAAAGCAUCAAUGAAAUGCUCUAUCGAGGUCCCGUACUACUACCGGAUCUGGCAGAACUCAACAAGUUCUUCGAAACAGAAGAAAAUGAAAAGGUUCCUGAAAUUCAAAAACUGCUUGGAAUCCAUUGGCACCUAUCCAAGGACAAGCUGUCAAUAAAGUUGCCUCGGAAGCCCCCAAACGACGGUAUAUGGACAAAGAGAAAGAUUUUGAAAGAAGUUGCUAGCAUUUAUGACCCACUAGGGUUUCUGACUCCAUUCACACUCAUCGGCAAACUAUUUCUCCAAUCACUCUGGAAAGACGAUAUCGGAUGGGACGACGCACUAAACAAAGAACAAACUAAUCAAUGGCAACUGAUCAUCAAUCAAUGGACAACCUCUUCACUACAACUUGACCGUCAAAUCGUCAACAUAGAAAUGCUACCUACAUCAAGUUUCGACCUACACGUAUUCACAGAUGCGUCUGGGCGAGCUUACUGCGCAGUUGCAUAUCUCGUCCAACGUUGUCAGAAAAAACCUAACAAAGUUUCAUUGCUAAUGGCAAAAUCAAGGCUUGCGCCACUUCAUCAAACAAUCACCAUCCCACGCCUAGAAUUAUCGGCCAUUGCCGUUGGUGCGAAGCUACUCACAUUCCUGACGCAGCAACUCGAUCUCCAACUUCGUCAAAAAUAUCUAUGGACUGACAGCACUGUUGCGCUGACAUGGACCAAAACUAACAAAACUCUCCCAGUGUUUGUUCGAAACCGCGUUAGAACAAUUCGUGAACUCACCACAGAUGUCGUCAUCCGCUAUGUCCCAACAAAAGAUAAUCCAGCCGACAUCGGUUGUAGAGGCGCCACUAUCGCAGAACUACAAAAUUUGCCUCAGUGGUGGAACGGACCGACCUUUCUGACUCAAGACGAAGCAAGAUGGCCACCGCUAUCGCCCUCAGAAGAAAAUCCUAUAUCCCAAGAACAAGAUGAACCGCAAAUAAUUUCAUCAGCAGCCCUACAACACUCUCUUCAUAGAAGCUCAUUAGUGGAUUCAUCACGAUUUAGCACAUGGACUUCAUUACUCGAUGCAAUGAUCUUUGUGCUACGCUUUAUCGUAACUAAAUCCACAAAAGCUGCAUCAUUCUUUGGAAGAAGUCGUGCACUUCUACGAGUUCGAGCAGAGCGAAUCUUGUUCCGUGUCGCACAACAAGAGGACCCUCCGUCAGUAGAGCUACAAAAACAACUUAAUCUCUUCUACUGUGAAGAAACACAACUCUGGAAAUCUCAAGGACGAAUCGACAAUGCCCCCUUGCCUAGAGAAGCUAAAACUCCCGUAUUUCUUCCUGCCAAGAAUCACGUUACUGACCUCUUCGUCCUACAUGUUCAUUCUCAAAACAACCACUGCGGCGUUAACCAUACACUCACUGAAAUACGUCAACAAGUCUGGAUACCUAAGGGAAGGACAACAGUGAAAAGGAUCUUGAGAAGCAUCUGCUUCUACUGCAAAAAAUUCACAUCGAAACCAUACCAGCUACCGCCAUUCCCACCGCAUCCCAUCAGACGAGUCACUCCACCUUCAUAUCCUUUCCAAAAUGUGGGAAUGGAUUUUUUUGGACCAAUGCUCUACCGAACACCAGACAAUACGACGGAAAAAUACUGGACUCUUCUACUCACAUGUUUGAAUACUCGCGCUGUUUAUGUCGAUGUAGUCCUCAAUAUGAGCAGCCACGCAGUUCUACACGUGCUGAGACGCUUUAUCGCUACCGUUGGUUGCCCAUCAUGGAUCCUCUGCGACAAUGCACAAUCUUUCAAAGCUGUAGCAGAAUGCUAUUCGACCUUUCCCGAAGGCCACAUGGACAACGACAUCAUCGACUACUGCUCUAAAAAACGAAUUCAAAUCAAGUUUAUCCCAAGUUUGAGCCCUUGGCAAGGAGGCAUAUAUGAAAAAAUGGUGGACGUCUUCAAGAAGUCUUUCAAGCAUUCCGUGAGAAAUCGUCUCCUACAUAUGGAAGAUGUGAAGACAUUGAUGAAAGAGGCUGAAGCCAUUGUGAACACUAGACCCUUGACCUACGUUGACGAUGAGAUCAACUACUUCCCACUACGCCCCAUCGAUUUUCUCCGUCCGCAUGCACGACUAGCCGGACCCUAUCCUCAAGAAGACGACUUCGAAAGAUCUGUGCAAGUGCGACUACCAUCUAAAAAGGUCAUCACACGUCCACACAACUUAGUUUACAAACUGGAAAUACAACCUGAGGAGUCGACGCUCUCACCUCCGCAACCAACAUCUAAACCGUCUACCCACCCAAUGAUCACAAGAUCAAAAACAAGACUUCAGUCGGCUUCAAUGUUUGUCACAUUACUAAUGUGUAUUCAAGUCGUCGGAGCAAUCAACACCCGCUGCCCCGAUGAGAUGAACACCAAAAAAGUGAUACUCUACGCCACGACAUGUGUAUCCCAAGGAAUCGCGAUCGCCAGAUAUAACGAAUCCAAUAAAGAGAAAUUCUGCUGGUUCCCACUUACCUGUCCUCAAGGAGCUAUAAGAUUCGAAGGUCCAGGAAAACCAAAUCUUGCACUCUGUGGAGAACGAUGCAGAUGCCCAUCAUGGUCUCAAUCGUGCUCUUUUACUAAGAAUUGGAGAACCUCGAUGUCGACAACCAACUCAAUACCGGAGCACAUUCAAAAUUAUCGGCCACCAUAUGUGUGCUCAUUUACAAAGUCAUCAACUUGCGACUCUACCAAAAAAAUCGGAGUUUUCAAUCAAAUCCAGUUAUUCGACAACAGCACAUUUAUUGUAGAGACACUCACCUUGAGCAUCCAAGAUUACAUAGAUGAGAACGAUUUCAUUUGUGUGGACCGCAAAGGAUGGAUAAGGCGCAAGACCCGAAGAAUAACAGGAACAUCACGUUUUUGCGAAACGCACACCUGUCGAAAUGAUGCACAACUCUUUUGCACGUAUGACAGCCCAAUCGCCAUUUUCGUCAGCAAUAACGCACCGUCACAUAACAUACCGCCCAUAACAGUGAAGGCCUGGGGAACCAUUACUAAGACCUACUAUGGAUACCCAUCAAAGAACACAACGAGAUGGAACGAGUCUUCAGUCCAAGCAUCAAUACACACACAAUGCUCCAAAGGUGGUUUAACAAUUACAAGCAAUACAUCACUUCAACUAGUGGAAUUGUGCGUCACGAGCUACUGCGUGUUUCUGAAAGAAGUCACAUCACAGCAGGUUCUUUUCCCCAACAUUCUUAUCAUGUAUGCUUAUGAAGUUCGACUGAAAGUCUGGAACUACAACAACGUCAUACACGAAAAACACGUCAAAUGUGAAGCACACCCAAUAUGUGAGACCCUACAAUGUUUACUGUGUUGGGAAUGGAUAUACAACACGCAGUGCUGGACGUACCGUCAAAGGGCGUACCUCAUAAUAUUCUUCAUACUCACCGUGCUCAUAACUCCACCUUUGUGUCUACUUCUAAAGCUACUUAUCAGAACUUCGUACCUGAUGAUACGUUCGCUUCGAUACUUCAUCAAAUGUGCAUGGAAAAGGAAAAAGCACAAGGAGGCCAACUUCAGAAGAUAUACAAUUCGACGACGACACAAUUCUCAAAAGAAACUCUUCACAUGCACGAUCAUGAUUGUCCUUCACAUCCAGCUUAGCAAGGAAUGUUCCCAGUUUACGUCAAUAACAGCGGACGAACAAAUUUGCACCAUAACUAACGAUACCAGGAACUGCGUUUUCAAUCAAGCAACAAUAAUCACGCUGCAACCACUACAACAAGAAGCAUGUCUGGAACUUCAAGAUUACCAAAGCCAACAUUUGGGUACCAUAAUCAUUACCCUACUCGAGAUACAAUACCAAUGUCAUAAACGCAUUGAAUUUUUCUCACGAGAUCAUGAAAUCGCAUCAGAAUCGAGCCAUCGCUGCUUCAUGACGGAUAGCUGCUCAAAAAAUGCCUGCGACAAUAUCAAGACGACAGAUACGUUGAAAGAGUUUUCUUCUACUGCGAACAACAACCCAGGUUUCACAUAUUGUACCCCCACAUGUGGUUGCUUACUCUGCAGCGGCUGUUUUCUAUGCCAUCCAAGCUGUUUAUUUCAUAGAAUCUACGCCAAACCGACUUCUUCAUCAAUAUACACCAUUUUCAAUUGUCCCACUUGGGACCUAACAGCCAUCGCGAAGAUCACCUUGACUCAAGGAACCAGUACAACUUCAACACAGAUAUCACUCACUCCAGGACACACAAUUGUAUGGAAUGAUCUACGGCUCACACUCAUCGGAUCUAUCACGCCUCAACUACCAAUACUUAGUUCAACAUUCAUGGAAACCAGUGACAACAUCGCAAUCGUCAAAUCUGUUCACAAGGGACAACUUAUACCUCACACAGCCGGUCAGCUCCAAUGCGCCACAUUACAAGAUGCCAAAGAUUUUCGAUGUUUGUUCGCAAGCGAAUCUUGCAAAUGCGCGAACGGAUUCCUCAAAGUCUCAUGUAGUUGCCCGGAUGGAAACAUGAAAAGAUUAAUGGAACCUUCACCUCUACCACAGGCAGGAAAAAACUUCCUUAUUGUUCACAAUAACGGACACAUUUUCGCAAAACUCAACAUCGGCUCCGCCCUUCAACUACACAUUGUAAUGGAAAAUCUGAAACUCAUUGCGCAACAGCACAAGAGCUCCUGUAUAUUUCAAACGAGCGAUUUAACCGGGUGCUACAGUUGCAUCCCAGGAGCGAUAAUGGAUCUCGCCUGUACGAGCGAUGAAGGAGAGGUGACCGCCCUGAUCACUUGUGAGGACCAAUAUCAAAUUGCCAAAUGCACUCCACGCACAAAACUCAACAAACUCGUUUUUCACUUUUCUACCAGUCACGUAUACACUUCCUGCUCUGCUUCGUGCCCGGGAGGGUCUGCCAACAUAACCAUCAAAGGAACUCUGGCUUACGUGGACGAUAACCUCAUCAGCCGCGGAUCGAGUGUUGCCAGCGAAAGAAGAACUGCUUCAAGUGAUACGUCAUUGUAUGCAAGAAUAGUAACAAAAUUCACCACUCUCUUAUCAGACAUCACUCAUUCUGUGCAAUCCUUUUUUCUGAGUCUUGUGACUGUGAAAAAUGUUCUCUUAUUAUUCGUAGUCUUGCUUAUUCUGAAUCUUAUCUCUUGUGCCUACCGUACUAUUUUUCACACGGUGAUCUUAUCGAAAAAGAUCCACUAG